CCAUGCUGCAUUCUCUGUAUUACACUUCCGUAUUCUUUAGGAAAUUGUGAACACUUAAUUAUUCUGGCCGCAUUUCUCCUCGUUUUUGCAAGUUAAACUGAACUAGCAUACAGAACAAGUCAAGUCUGUACACAGAGUCUAUUGCAGUAUGGGUUCUUGUAGACUCAUUCUCUUCAUAACUGCCUUCUUGGUGCACUGCAUCUGUCCUGCUCAAUUGCUGACUUCCUCCGUUCCUGCAUCUACACGUACACCUGAUCCCACUCCAUCAGCCAUCGUCUACACUGCCCAACCUUCCUCUACCAGCACUACUGUUCGUACAACUGUAGCUGUAGUCCCAACUCCUGCCCUAUUACCUGUUUUUGAAGUUAACAUAACUACCUAUGGCAACAACACAUGUGAUCCCUAUAUCUCUGGAGGUCCCUGUCAGUCUGUGCUAGAAAUAUUCCCAACCGUGGUGACAAACUGGAGUAGGUCUAACCAACGCACUGCUCGAUAUGCCAACGACAGGAUACUACAAACUUUGGAUACCUUUAAAUCCACGCAGGAGUGUAUUAAACUUGCUACGCCACUGCUUUGUCGAUACUCUUUCCCUACUUGUGACCCUGCUUACGAAAUACCGACCUACCAGCCAAUUUGUCGUCGGGACUGUCUGGCUGCCCAGCAUUUUGUGUGUAGAGAGCCGUGGCUGCAGAUGGAAGAACUGAUCAGAGUUCUAGAACUGACCGUAAUCGAUCAACCAAAUUGUGUACCUCUCGAAAACCCAAAUGGAGGAGGAACCCCCAUGUGUAUCAGUACAGUAGACAUCUUUCGAGGUGAAAUUCCUUUACCUCUUCUGUCAGGUUCUGACUGCUACAGUGGCCAUGGGCGCGGCUACGAUGGCACAGUAAAUGUGACCGAAGGUGGCCUUCCCUGUCAGAGUUGGAAUGUGAGCUACCCUCACCAACACCUGCUGAACUUAGAGGAGUUACCAGAGUUGAAGGGAGGACACAACUAUUGUCGUAACCCUGCUGAGAGAGGAGAGAGACCCUGGUGCUUUACGACUGACCGAUUCACUCGUUGGGACUACUGUGACAUCCCAGAAUGUCCUGGUCCAGCCUGUGAAAACUAUCAGGGAGAGGUUUGCUUCAACAGAGGAACGAUUGGCUACGAUAAAGUGUAUAUUAACAAGACUGCACCUGACCAACAAACUCAAACGGAUUACGAGGCUAAAAUGCAAGCUCUUCUACCAUCAUUUGAUAAGUAUACGGAAGAGUGCAGGGAAUCUUUUCAUGAUCUCCUGUGUGCUACCAACUUUGCUACAUGUGACUUGUCCAAAACUACGCCCAUCCCUAUACGUCCUUGUCGUCGUUUCUGUGAGCUUGUACAUGAGACGUGUGAUGAAGAGAUCUCAAAUAUAAAGUCAUUUAUCGCGAUUAUCAAUUAUGAACCAGUGGAGAUUGUUUUCAAUUGCUCUAUACUCCCUGACACAGUGGCUGGUGACCUACCCGAGUGCUUCAUGCCCAUUAUGAGACAACAGAAGGUUGGAAACACAACCUGCUACAAUGUUGAGGACAAAGGGUUCUCGUACAUGGGUACAGUAAACAUGACGGUCAGUGGGAAGACGUGUCAGCAGUGGGGAUCACAAUCUCCACACUCUCAUACCCUCACACCCUUCUCUCGGAUAUACCUGAGCGGACACAACUAUUGCCGCAACCCAGAAAAAAGAGGAGAUAUGCCUUGGUGCUAUACUACAGACACCGACACACGCUGGGAGUACUGUAAUGUGCCAACUUGCACGGUUCUGUUUGGCCCUCUAUCCUUCAACACAAUCGUCACCAUUGCUAUUGUGGUACCAUUGGCUUUUGCAGUUGUCGUAGCCCUGCUGAUUGUAGUAUGUGUAUUAUGGUUCUGCUGCUUCCAACGAAAAAAAGCCUCAUUUGAAGGAGGAGAAACCACCUCUCACCACUAUGUGCAGAAUGUACAAUUGGACGGUAAAGAUGUUAGUGAUAUGGGACCACUCUACGCUACGAACCCACUUGCAAUCGGUGAAGCGUCUCUGGAAUAUGAUGGAGUUAAACUUCCUGAAAUAUCAAGGGAAAUGAUAGUGUACACCCGAGACUUGGGUCAGGGACAUUUUGGAGUGGUUGUUCAAGCGGAGGCGGAAUGUAUCGGUGCGGAAAUGAAGCCACAAACUGUCGCUGUGAAAGUGCUUAAGGUUGGUGCAACACCGCAAGUGAAGAAGGAAUUCUUUAGAGAGGCUGCUCUAAUGAACGCUUUUGAUCAUCCAAACAUUUUGAAACUCUUUGGUGUGUGCAUUAAGCAGGAGCCUUUGUGCAUGGUGUUUGAGUACAUGGAAAAGGGCGACUUGAAUGAAUUCCUUCGACAAAACGCCCCCAAACCACCAUUUCCUGGACUGUCAAAUGAACAACUAGUCGAAUUUUGCGUCGAAAUUUCCGCUGGCUUGGAGUAUCUUGCACAGAACCAUUACGUACAUCGAGACAUGGCUACCCGAAACUGCCUUGUUAGCUCCACGUACAGAGUGAAGAUAUCUGAUUUUGGCCUCUCUCAAGACGUCUACUCAUCUGAUUACUUCACACUGGGAGACGCCGAGAUGUUGCCUAUUCGAUGGAUGCCUCCUGAAGCUAUUCUGUACUCAAAGUUCACAACACAGAGUGAUGUGUGGUCUUUUGGUGUUGUUUUGUGGGAGAUUUUCUCAUUUGGUAUUCAGCCGUACUACACCAUGUCUAACGAGGCUGUUGUUCAACACGUACGCGAUGGAAAUGUUAUGAGCUGCCCAGACAACUGUCCACCAGAGAUAUACGACCUAAUUAUCGACUGCUGGGUCAUGAACCCAACUGAGAGACCAACAGCUUCUGAGCUUCACGAUGGACUUAGGCGAUGGUCCCCAAAUUUCGCAGCUAAAAUUCAAGAAGAGGAGCACAAAUCCCAAUCUGAGUAUCAGAACAUGGCUAUGGUGAGGGAAUAUGCUCAACAAGGGUUACCGACUAUGACCGACACGAAUGGAGAACCUGGUAGUGCUUACGAUCAUCUACAUUCCUUACAUAAAGGAGCGGGACCACCUGAUGAAAGCUGCUUAUAAUUAAUACUUAGGUGACUCCACAGUUUUUGUAGCUAUAAUAUAAUAUUUUAUGGUGGCUCUUAUACAAUGUCAUAUACUUUUACAUUAUCGUGCUGUGAAGUGUGUUCAGUAUCGUGUCUACACACUUCUUUAUAAUUAUUACGUGUACAUGUAUUUAUACGGAUUAUUGUGUCGUGUUUAAAUAUAUUAUUUUUGUUCAUACAACUUGAUAGCAAA